AUGGCAAGCUCCAAGCCGCCGCAAGGCCACUUUACUCUCCUAUACUUUGCUGCCGCUUCAUCCUUCACGAAGAAAAGCUCGGAGAUCUUCAGAGCACCGUUGCCCGCUCGGGACCUCUUCCAGGUCCUUGAGAAGCGGUAUCCCGGCUUCACCGAGAAGGUCCUCAGCAGCUGCGCUGUGACCGUCAACCUCGAGUACAUCGAUCUAGAUGAAGACCAAGACGGAGAGAACAGCCUUGUCAUAAAGGAGGGCGACGAAGUCGCUGUCAUACCCCCAGUGAGCUCUGGAUGA